AUGUACGCGCCAGCAGAGAUCGCCGAUGUCUUGGAUUUCGUAAUUCCAUGUUAUGCGGCCAGUCGUCCGACUCUAUCCGACAGUAACACCAUGCAGUCUUUUGUAUCCACUUUGAGAGCAGCCUCAUCGUUGGAUGUGAACAAAGCCAUGAUUGCGGAAACGACGAGAAUUUUACGCGAGAAAACGCCUAUUGGUUCAUACCAUUUGUUGUGGGAAAAUCGAACUGAAAUGGAUGAUUUUCUGCAUCAGACUGGCUACCAGCGUUUGUACUGUGGAAAUCAAUCGGAGGACAACCCGUGCGAUUGGACAAAGAUGAAACUGCCCGCUUCGGUUGCCGAGAACUUGUGUAUCUAUCGAUGGAUAAACACUAAAACGGUCACAUCUGUCGAGAAAGUUGAUGCACUUGCUGCUGUCUAA